GCCCAAACCUAAGCAACAGAUCUCUUCUUCAGUCAUCCCUCUCCUCUCUAAACCCAACCCCAAAGCCUUAUCACAAUCUCUCUUCCUAUUUUUUUCCUUCUCAAACCUCUCUCCUUCUUCCCUUAUCCGUAAACCCUCAAAACCGUUUAUCUCAAAUUAUUCUUGGCCUUCAAUUGCUCGUUUACUCCGUCAAUGGAUUCUAAUGAGGCGACGGCUUUUCCCGUUUCAGCGACUUCCUCAGGUUCUUCUUCUUCUUCUUCUUCUUCUUCUUCUUCUUCUUCUUAUAUGCCUGAUGAUGAAAAUUUACUGAAAACAAGUGUUGUGGAUAGUGAUGUUAAGGAUGAUAGUGAGAAUAGGAUUAAGGAUAGUGUUUCUGAUGAAGAGGACGAGGGGGGUUAUGUUAGUGGGCAAGAGGAGUUUGAACCGGCGUCGGAGAAGGUGGUUUUGAGGGUGUUGGAUGGGGAAACUGUAGGGAAGGGUGCAGAGGAUAGGGGUUUUGAUGAUGCCACAGGAACUUCGAUGGUAAUGGUUGAUGCUUUACCGAUUUCUGGAGUUUCUGAGAAUGAUAAUGGUUCAGUUGCUGUUGGUGAUAGAGAUACUGACGAGUUGAAGGUGAUUGGGAUUGAGGGUUUUGAGGAGAAGGGUGAAGUGCACGAUUCUGAGUUAGAUGAGGGAGCAAAAGAAAGUGGUGGUGAGUUUCCAGAUAGUUACGAGAAUAAGGAGUUCGAAAAUGCUGAAUUUAAUGCAGAGAAGGUGGUGGAGGAGGAGGUUCAGAUGGAUAAAGAUAAGGCUGAGGAGAAUCGGAAGAUUGAGUCUUUAACCAUUGAAGCUCCAGCUACUGAACCAGUUGCAAAAGGGAAUUCUUUAGAACGGGCAGAAUCAGGUUUGGAUGAAGCAGGUAGGGUGAAAUUCACAUCUGAAGGGGAUUCUGUUGUUGAUACCAUUCAUGUUGGUAUCCCUGGGCUGGUGGUGUCUGCUUUUAGGGAGGUAGAACUUGACGUUGAAAAAGUGGAGGUUCCAGUUGAUGAGAAUGUGGAACCAGAUUGUGCUUCUUUUCAGACUAGCCACGGAGUUGAAGAACCAAGUAAUGUGGAUUUCACAUCUGAAGGAGAUUCCAUUGUUGAUACCAUUAAGGCUGACACCCCCAUCUCCACUGUGCCCGGGGUGGUGGCGGUUGGGGAGAUGGAUGAAGAAAUUGAAAGAUUGAAAGUUCCAGUUGAUGAAAAUGCUGAAACAGUUUAUAAAAGCUCCGAGUUCAUGCCAUUGGGAACUGGCAAUAAUGCUGCUGAUGAAAAAGAUGAAAAGAUUGAUGCAGGAGCUGUUGAUUAUGUGGCAAAUGAAGUUCACAUGGGUGUAACAGCGACUGAUUCCCUUGCUAGUGACGGAGCUCACGAUGUCGAGAAUAUUGUAAAGAAGUCAGAGAACGGGUUUAACAUAGUAGAUACUAAUGGUGAAUAUGCCCAUGUUAAUGUUGCUGAUCAAUUAGAGGACGAGGUCCACGAGGAAUCAGAAUCGAAGCCAUUCCUUGAGCCACGUGAAAUUACCGAAGCUGAAGAUGAAGGCCAAUAUCAAAUGACUGAAGAAGUUGACCCUGAAGACUUGAUCUCAGAUGAGGCAACUGAUGGUAUGAUAUUUGGAAGUUCUAAGGCCGCCAAGCAGUUCAUUGAGGAGCUGGAACGGGGAUCAGGCGCUGACAGUUCGCUUGAGCACUCUCAAGGGAUCGAUGGUCAAAUUGUCACAGACUCAGAAGAAGAAGCUGACACUGAUGAAGAAGAAGGGGACGGUAAAGAGUUGUUUGAUUCUGCUGCAUUGGCAGCUCUUUUGAAAGCUGCAACAGGUGCUGAUUCAGAUGGUGGUAGUAUCACCACAACCUCUCAAGAUGGAUCUAGGCUUUUCUCUGUUGAGCUUCCUGCUGGCUUGGGAUCUUCACUCCGGUCUUUGCGGCCUUCCCCACAACCAAAUCGCCCCAACCUUUUUACUCCUUCCACUUUUGCUGGGAGGGGAGAAUCUGAGAACAACUUGAGUGAAGAAGAGAAAAUGAAACUGGAGAAGUUACAGCAGAUCAUAGUGAAAUUUUUGAGGCUUGUUCAUAGAUUAGGCCUUUCUCCAGAAGAACCUGUGGCAGCACAGGUUCUGUAUCGGUUCACACUUCUUGCAGGAAGGCAGAAUGGCCAAAUUUUUGGUGUGGAUGCUGCAAAGAGAAUGGCAGUGCAGCUUGAAGCAGAAGGAAAAGAUGAUUUGGACUUCACUGUGAACAUCUUGGUUCUUGGAAAAUCAGGAGUGGGUAAAAGUGCUACCAUAAAUUCGAUAUUUGGAGAGGAGAAAGCACCAAUUGAUGCGUUCGAAACUGGGACGACUUCUGUGAAAGAGAUUAGUGGAUUUAUUGAUGGAGUUAAAAUUGUGGUUUCUGACACACCUGGUCUAAAUUCUUCUGUAAUGGAGCAGGCUUACAACCGUAAUAUAUUGUCUUCUGUAAAGAAGUUCACAAAGAAAAGCUCCCCAGAUGUCGUCCUCUAUGUGGAUAGAUUGGAUGCUCAAACCAGAGAUCUUAACGAUCUACCACUACUGAGGACUGUUACUAGUUCUCUUGGACCCUCUACCUGGAGAAGUGCAAUAGUCACCCUUACACAUGGUGCCUCUGCACCUCCAGACGGUCCUUCUGGUACUCCUUUGAGUUACGAGGCUUUUGUUGCUCAAAGAUCUCAUAUUGUCCAGCAGUCUAUUGGGAAUGCUGUUGGUGAUCUACGUAUGAUGAGUCCAAGUCUCAUGAAUCCCGUUUCUCUUGUUGAAAACCACCCCUCUUGUCGGAAGAAUAGGGAUGGUCAGAAAAUACUUCCCAAUGGCCAGAUUUGGAGAUCUCAGUUAUUGUUGUUAUGCUACUCGAUGAAGAUAUUAUCAGAAGCAAAUUCUCUCUCAAAACCUCAAGAUCCAUUUGACCACCGCAAGCUCUUUGGUUUUCGAGUUCGCUCACCGCCUCUUCCGUACAUGUUGUCGUCGAUGUUACAGUCUCGUGUACAUCCAAAGCUUCCAUCCGAGCAGGGUGGUGACAAUGCUGAUUCUGAUAUAGACUUGGAUGAUUUUUCGGAUUCUGAUCAAGAAGGAGAAGAUGAAUAUGACCAGCUCCCUCCCUUUAAGCCUCUGAGGAAAGCUCAGAUAGCUAAGCUCAGCAAAGAACAGAGGAAGGCAUAUUUUGAAGAGUAUGACUAUCGGGUGAAGCUACUUCAGAAGAAACAGUUUAAAGACGAAAUCAGAAGAAUGAAAGAAUUUAGAAAACAAGGGAAGGUUCCCGCAACUGAUUAUGGUAAUCCGGAGGAAGAGGCUGACGCUGGAGCUGCAGCUCCCGUGGCAGUUCCUCUACCAGACAUGACCCUGCCGCCCUCAUUUGAUGGCGAUAAUCCUGCGUACAGAUACAGAUUCUUGGAGCCAACUUCUCAGUUUCUUGCAAGACCGGUUCUUGAUUCCCAUGGUUGGGACCAUGAUUGUGGCUAUGAUGGAGUUAACCUCGAACAUGGCCUUGCUGUUGCAAACCGGUUCCCAGCUGUGUUUACAGUUCAAAUCACGAAAGAUAAGAAAGACUUUACCCUCAGUUUGGAUUCCUCAGUUUCAGUUAAGCACGGAGAGUAUAUCUCGAGCAUGGCAGGGUUUGAUAUUCAAAGUAUAGGAAAGCAACUUGCAUACAUUGUCCGAGGUGAAACCAAAUUCAAAAAUUUGAAGAAGAACAAGGCAGCUGGUGGAAUGUCUGUAACUUUUCUAGGUGAAAAUGUGGUGCCUGGUGUGAAAAUUGAGGAUCAGAUUACAUUGGGAAAACAGUAUAUUUUGGUUGGUAGCUUUGGUGCUGUUCGUUCACCGAGCGAUACUGCAUAUGGAGCCAACUUUGAAUUGCAGCGAAAGGAGCUUGACUCUCCAAUGGGCCAGGUUCAAUCGACCCUCAGCAUGUCUGUGAUUAAAUGGCGCGGGGAGUUGGCUCUCGGGUUCAACAGCCUGGCUCAGUUCUCAGUUGGGCGUAAUUCUAAGGUUGCUGUCCGAGCUGGGAUUAAUAACAAGCUCAGUGGUCAGAUCACGGUAAGGACAAGUAAUUCGGAGAAUCUCUCUCUUGCACUUGCUGCUAUUAUUCCGACGGCUAUUUCCAUUUACAGGAAGCUCUGGCCUGGUGUUGCCGACAAGUAUUCAAUCUACUAGUCCUCAUUUCUUGCAGUAUGGUUUUAUAUUACUCAUGUUACAUGACUAUGCUUUUAUUAUUUUUUCUGCAUUUCGAAUAAUUAUUGUAGAAUAUCAUUUAUAAUUGCUGCUCAAAACCUUUUAUUUUUUUGGGGCGUGAUAAUGUACUUACAAUGAGAAGUUAAAGAAUUUUGUUGUCAUUAUUGUCAUUUGGAAUUUUAUUGUAUUAAAAUGUAACAAAAUUUGUGGUGCA